AUGUUAGCUGCCGCCACAUCUGCACAGUCGCUGCUGGGAGGAAUGAUAUCUGGAGCCAUAGCAGGCGCAGCGGUGGAUCUUGUGCUGUAUCCCAUCGAUACAGUGAAGACAAGGUUGCAGACACGAAAUACUGUCAAGUUCGACAUCGAACUUCUGCCAAAGUUGUACUCUGGCUUGUUGGGGAGUUUAGCAGGACACGUUCCAUCCUCCGCUCUUUUCUUCGCUGUCUAUGAGACGUCCAAGGCAAGUCGUUCACUUGAUACCAAGGGAUUGCGCUAUCACAACUACUGGCAUCAGCGGCGGUGCGGGGAACCUUGCGGCCUCGACGAUCCGAGUGCCGACCGAAGUGGUCAAGACUCGACUGCAGCUCUUGCUGUUCUUGAUGAUGUGCUUGAUACACAGAGCGGAGAAGAGAGCUCUCUGAAGGACUGCACUGUCAACAUCUUGGAGCAGGACGGGCCCUCCGGCUUCUUCCGAGGGUACCCGGCAUUCCUGCUUCGUGACCUGCCGUUCGACGCGAUCGAGUUUGUCACAUACGAGCAGCUCAAGAUCCUCAUCCUUGCCUUGACCCACGCGCCCUUGAGCGAUAUUGAGACUGCGGCGAUAGGAGCGCUGGCCGGGGGUUUCACUGGAGCCGUCACGACGCCCGUUGACACGAUUAGGGCGAGGCUGAUGAACGAGGCGGGGGAGAGCGAGAAGUCCUACGGCGACGUCUUUACGACGGGAAGGAGGAUGGUGGAAGACGAAGGGGUCCAGUCGCUCUUUGCAGGACUUGUUCCCAGGGUCUUGUGGCUGUCGCUGGGAGGAACAGUGUUCUUCUCCACCCUUGAGCAGGCAAAGACCUUCUUCCUCUCCAGCUGA